AUGCGUGGCAGGCGAGGCCGGAGCUCCGGGCCGAGGUCCCGGUGCAGAUCCCGAGGCCGAGGUCCCGGUGCCCCCCUGCGCGAAGGGGCUGUCCCCGCACAGAGGGGCUCAGCUCCCGCCCGGGUACCCGAGCCUGGAGCAGAUCCCGGCGGCCACAGCCCGGUGCCCCGGCCCCGCCGCCCGGCCCCGGGGCUCCUUUGUUCCACACCCCUCCCCGUUUACAACUUGCUCGGGAGUUCGGCCGCUCCCGUCCCUGCCCGCACCGCUGGGCUCGCCCCGGCCCCGGGCGGGCAGCGCAUUCCGGGAACGGCAGCUCACGCAGAUCCGGUGCCCCGGGCAGCCCCUGCCGCGCCCCCGAGAACCGGGGGCUCCUCCCGCCACCGUGCGGCUGCCGCUGCACCGAGUCCCGCGGCCGCCGCCCCCGCCCGGUCACCGGGCUUCGUGUGGCCGCUGUCCUCGCACCGGGUCUGCACCGGCUCUGCCUGCCUCCUUCCUACGAUGCACCGGGGCUGCUCCUUUCGAGCCCUGCCCGGUGCAGGGAGCCCUGCCCGCCGCCUCCUCCCGGUGCACGGCCCCCCUCCGCUCCUCCUGCACCGUGCACUGGGGCCGGCCCCCCGGUCGCUUGCAUCAGCCCCGCCUCCUUUCCCCAGUGCACCGGGGCUGCUCCUCCCGAGCCCAGAGCCCUGCCCGGUGCACCGAGCCCUGCCCACCGCCUCCUCCGGUGCACCGGGCCCUGCCCACAGCUCUUUCCCCCGCUGCACGGGGGCUGCUCCUCUCGAGCCCCGAGCCCUGCCCAUCGCCUCCUCCGGUGCACCGGGGCUGCUCCUCUCGAGCCCUGCCCCGUGCACUGAGCUCUGCCCACCGCCUCCUCCGGUGCACCGGGCCCUGCCCGCCUCCUUCACCCGGUGCACCGGGGCUGCUCCUCCCGAGCCCGAGCCCUGCCCGGUGCACCGAGCCCCGCCCGCGGCUCCUUCCCGGUGCAUCGGGCCCUGCCCAACACUUCGCCCGGUGCACGGGGCCCUACCCUGCCUCCUAACCCCGGUGCACCGGGCCCUGCCCGCGGCUCCUUUCGCGGUGCACCAGGACUGCUCCUCUCGAGCCCUGCCCGGCGCACGGGCCCUGGCCGCCGCUCCUCUCCCGAUGCACCGGGGCCGGCCUCCCCACCGCUUGCCCCGGCCCUGCCUGCCUGCCUGCCUGCCUCCCUCCCCCGGUGCCCCGGGGCCGCUCCGCCGAGCCUUACCCGCCGCCUCCUCCCGCCGCCCCGGCCCUGCUGCGCCCGCCGCCGCACGUACCGGCGCCGCGCCCCGCUCGGUGCCGCUCUCAGCCCGCUCGCAUGGCGGGGCCCGCCGGCCUCGCUGUCCGCCCCGCCGCCGCCGCUCCGGCCUCAGCCCCGCCCCAUGGCGCCCCCGCGCCCACCGCGACGAUGGAACCGCCCGCGCUCCCCCCCCCGCCCUGCGCCGAUGGGAGCGUCCGCUCCGCUCCCCCCAGGCUCUGCCGUACUGA